AUGGAGACGGCGGUGCUGGACGGCUUCAGGGUGCUGGAGGUGGAGGACCACUGGGCCACGCUGAGGCUGCUCGCUGACAUCACCAAGAUGUUGGCAGAGCUCUACGGCCCCCUCACCGCCGCCCACACGCACGCCGACGCCGCCGCCGACGCGGCGCAGCCCCCGCCGCUCUUCCAGGAGUGGAACGAGGGCCGCCGCGACUCGUACCGCCGCCGCACGGUCCGCGACACCUGGCUGUGCAUACUCUGCGAGCUCCCCGGGUUUGGCACCGUGUCGGCGCAGAAGGUGCUCUCCGCGUUCCCCACGCCGCGCUCGCUGUACGACGCGUAUGAGUCAGCGAUGCGCGCGGCGCGCGCGGGCGGGCGCGACGCGGUCGCGGCGGCGCGGGGCGUGCUGCGGGGCGCGGCGGGGCUGUCGGCGGCGCGGUCGCAGCAGGUGUAUGAUGACCUGUUCGCCAACGGCUGGCACGUGUGA